AAAACAUGGCAGCUUCCUUUUGUUUGUGCGGAUUUACUGUACUCCGAGGGGGGAUUUAAAGACAUUCUUCGGUGGACAGACGGCUCUGUAUCGCACUCUCGGGCUCCACACUGCCAGCCGACCACACAGCCGAGGCAGGAGAAGAUGGAGAAGAGCGGCAGCAUCGACAGUUUGGGCUCGAAGCGCUCCUCGUCCCGACAGCCGAGUGUUGAUUCAUUGUCGAGCACUUCUACCUCUCGCUCUGACCGCUCUGCCCAGGCCAAGCCGCCCUCUGCCAUGUCCUCUGACUCUGUGGCCACGUCCACAGAGCUCUCCCCUGAGCUCAGGGUUAGACCCAAAACUGCUGCCAAGGUAUGCCAUCUUCAGGUUCUUAGAGAAUCAGACAAAGAAGAGCCGCAGUUACUUCCAAAUGAAACUGUGCAAGACAUGGCCCAAGAUGUUACCUACUUCUGUCCUUUCAUCGGAGCACUGAGGGGAACAGUGACCGUUACCAACUACAGGCUUUUCUUCAGAUGCAUGGACAGGGAGCCAGCGUUUGUGCUGGACCUGCCCCUCGGGGUGGUGAGUCGUGUGGAAAAGAUUGGAAGUGCGUCAAGCCGUGGUGAUGUGUCCUAUGGACUAGUUUGCAAGGAUAUGCGCAAUCUGCGAUUUGCACACAAACAAAUGGAGGACACACUCAGGAAGUCCAUUUUCGAAGUGCUGGUGAAAUUUGCGUUUCCUGUUUCCAACGGGCUGCAAAUCUUUGCCUUUGAAUAUGGGCAAGUGUUUCCUGAAAACGGAUGGAAGGUGUAUGACGCCGUCUCUGAAUACAAAAGACAGGGUAUACCCAAUGAAAGCUGGAGGAUAACAAAAGUAAACGACCACUAUGAGGUUUGUGACACCUACCCAUCAACCCUGGCGGUGCCUGUCAACAUACCAGACGAAGAGCUGAAGAGAGUCGCUGCCUUCAGAGCAAAGGGACGGAUACCUGUGUUGUCAUGGAUCCAUCCAGAGAGCCAGGCGACAGUGACGCGCUGCAGUCAGCCCAUGGUUGGAGUCAACGGAAAGCGCAGCAAAGAGGAUGAGAAAUACCUCCAGGCGAUCAUGGACGCAAAUGCGCAGUCCCAUAAACUUUUUAUUUUUGAUGCGAGGCCCAGUGUCAACGCUGCUGCCAACAAGAUGAAAGGCGGUGGUUACGAAAGCGAGGAUGCGUAUCAAAACGCCGAGCUGGUGUUUUUGGAUAUUCACAACAUCCACGUGAUGAGAGAGUCCCUCCGCAAGCUGAAGGAUGUGGUCUACCCCAACAUCGAGGACUCCCAUUGGCUCUCCAACCUGGAGUCCACUCAUUGGCUUGAGCACAUUAAGCUGAUCCUGGCAGGAGCGCUGCGAAUUGCAGACAAGGUGGAGUCUGGGAAAACAUCAGUGGUGGUGCACUGUAGUGACGGCUGGGACCGCACAGCCCAGCUCACCUCCUUGGCCAUGCUCAUGCUGGACGGUUACUACCGCACCAUUCGCGGGUUCGAGGUGCUGCUUGAGAAAGAGUGGCUGAGCUUCGGUCACCGCUUCCAGCUGCGUAUCGGUCAUGGCGAUAAGAACCACACAGACGCAGACCGCUCUCCUGUUUUUAUUCAGUUCAUCGACUGUGUCUGGCAGUUGACUCGCCAGUUUCCUGCAGCCUUUGAGUUUAAUGAAUACUUCCUGGUAACCAUACUGGACCACCUGUACAGCUGCCUGUUUGGGACAUUCUUGUGUAACAGCGAACAGCAGAGGUUGAAAGAAGAGAUUCCCAAGAGAACGGUAUCGUUGUGGUCUUACAUAAACAGCCAGCUGGAGGAGUUUACCAAUCCUUUGUAUGUCAACUAUUCCAACCAUGUGCUGUUCCCCGUAGUCAGCUUACGCCACCUGGAGCUUUGGGUCGGCUACUACAUCCGCUGGAACCCUCGCAUGAGGCCUCAGGAACCUGUUCACCAGCGCUACAAGGAGCUGCUGGCGAAGCGCGCCGAGCUGCAGAAGAGAGUGGACGAGUUGCAGCGAGAGGUGACCAACCGCUCAGCCUCUUCUUCCUCUGAGCGGGCGGGCUCCCCCACACGCUCCAUCACGCCUGUGCAGACAUUUGUUUGACACGACUUAGACCCUUGGGCUGGUCGCAGAAUCCUACCUGUGAGAGGGUGUAGUAGCUGUCAACAUGUGGCGCCACGAAGGACCUGUGUGCCAAACUGCCUUUUUGGGUGAUACACUUAAUAAACCACCACCAAAAGUCUGAUGUGUUUGCACCUCUCACAGGUCAAAAGUGUCUGUCUCAGACUGCUUUACUACAGCCAUAUUUUACUCUUCCUCCCGGGUUGAGAGGACAUGUAACCAGAAUAGCGAGUACUGUUUAGCAUAUCGACCUACCUACAAUCAGUGUUGAUCAUUUUUGAGUACACUACAAUAUUACUCGGGUAAAAUAUGUAUGCCUUACACACUUUAUAGAAACACACUUCAUUCCUUGACACUGCAAAUGUAUGGAUGAUUUGAAAGCAGAGCAGCUGAAGCAAUUGUGAAGAUGUGCAUUACUGCAAAAUUUCAAGCUCUAUUACUAAAACCCACUAAAUAGCUUGGGAGUUGUUAAAUGAAUACAAUGUAGCUAAAGGGCUGUAAUUUUAGCUGCUUCUAAAAAAAUAGACAUAGAGUGCAUUAAAUAAGUUGGCACAAGGCAGUGCUUUUAGCUUAUUGUGACCAAAUAUUUGUUUUGUUUUUUUAUUAAUACAUAAUGUGUCAUAUACCGCAUUCCUCUCAGCGAGUGAUUUAAGUUUUGUAAGUUUCAUUUUUCUAACUAGUUAUUUAUUAUCCUUUAGUCCAGUCUUGUACAUAUGUCCCACACUCUUCAUCAGUUGAUACAAAAUAUCCCCAUGCAUUAUUAAUAAGCGACACAGAAUAUGCAAUAGUUAAUUUGAAUGAGUAAAUAGUAAAUCUGUUACUUACUAAAAUGUUAGUGUGAACAUUUUUUUACACAUGCUUUUUAAAGCUAGUAUCAGACUGUAUGUUUUUAAAGGCAGAAGAGUGCGUAACAACUAAUAAUUUGCUCUGGGUGUUUUUGUUUUUCUAAGUUUAAUGAAUAUCUGUGCCUUGCUCUGAAUGACUGAUUGGGAGAAUAAUGAGAGAAAAGUGUGCACAGUUUUUAAUUGCCAAGGUAAAAUAAUGAAUACAGUGUUAGUUAUCAUUUCUCCUGCAUAAUUCAAAUACUUGCAAUAAACACAGGACUCAGCUUCAAGGAGUCAGUAUGGUUUGUUACAUUAG